AUGGAUUUACCCCAGGUUUUUUCUCUGAGCAAUGGCCACAAUGUUCCUGCUAUUGGCCUUGGUACAUUUCAGGGCGAUGAAGGCAACUCCAAGGUCAAAGACGCCGUAAAGAUGGCUCUGCAACUAGGGUAUAGACAUAUCGAUGGUGCCAGCGCUUAUGGAAACGAAAAAGAAAUCGGAGAGGCUAUUAAAGAAAGUGGCAUUCCUAGGCAUGAGAUAUUUGUAACCUCCAAGCUCGCACAAACAUGGCAUGAGCCUGCCGAUGUACAGAAAGCUCUCGAACUAUCUUUGAGCGACCUGCAGUUAGAUUAUGUCGAUUUAUACUUGAUGCAUUUCCCUCAUGCUUACAAGGCGGGGGAACAAAACAAAACGAUUAGACACCCGAGCGGUAAUGGAAAGCCCGUGAUAGAUUACAGCCUCUCCAAACGAUAUCCAGAAACUUGGCAGGCCAUGGAACGACUGGUCGACCUCGGCCUCGUCCGUUCAAUUGGUCUCUCGAAUUUUAAUGUUCUCAAGACGAAACGAAUCCUCGACAUUGCAAAUAUCAUCCCCGCUGUAAAUCAGGUUGAAAUUCACCCGUACCUACCGCAGCAAGAGCUAUUCGAAUUCUCAUCCAAGCAUGGCAUUCUUCUCAUGGCCCACCAACCACUUGGUGGUCGUCCGGUCGAAGUUGUUCGGGGUUCUAACGAACCAUUCCCAACUGCAGAUUUGAAGGCACGUAUCCCUAGGUACAAAAUAUCUUCGGCACAGGUCUGCUUAUCCUGGGCGGUACAAAAGGGAAUUCCAGUGGUGCCGAAAUCAGUGCAGGUUAGUCACAUGGAGCAAAACCUCCAUCUAAAAAGGCUUUCGGAUGACGACUUCCGUACUGUAGAUCGGCUGUCAUCUCAGCGCGGCCCUGUGCGAUUUCUGGACCCAAGCAGACAUCUGGGUUUCAAUAUCUUUGAUGAAGAUAAUGACCAACCAGUUGCUGACAGCGCGCCAUGGGAUAUAUGA